GAAAGUAUCUCGCUCGCGUCUCGUUCAUCGGUGUCGAUACACACCAAGGGCGCGCGCACACCCAAUAUCCCGAUCCAGCACAACCGCAUCGUCGCGUGUCUCAACUUCGCCCUCCCUUCACCGUUACCCUGCCACUCUGUUACCUGCGGUCUGUCAUCCUCCAUGUCUGCGCUUUGAUCCCUUCAGAUUCAACUCACCUUUCGUGCGAGCCCACCUCCUCUUCGACGAUCAAGCCCAAGAUGGGAAAACUCAGCAGGCUCGAACUUUACAACUUCAAAUCCUACAAGGAUCAUCAUACCCUACUUUUUGGCGAUGCCUAUUUUACGUCCAUCAUCGGUCCCAAUGGCUCAGGCAAAUCAAACGCCAUGGACGCCAUCUCCUUCGUCCUCGGGAUCAAGUCAUCCCAUCUUCGAUCUACCCAUUUGCGCGAACUGGUCUACCGAGGUCGGGUUCUACGAAAGUCUGUUGCGAAUGGCGAGACUGAGGCAAACGGAGUGAACGGUCAUGAUGAGGGAGAAGAUGGAUCGCAGACGAACGGCACACAAGAGCGCAAUGACCCCAAGUCCGCCUGGGUGAUGGCUGUGUAUGAAGAUGACGCUGGUAUGGAGCAGAAGUACAAGCGCGCAAUCACCAACCAGGGUGUCUCAGAGUAUCGCAUUAACGAACGCAUUGUCACGGCCCAACACUACAACGAUUCGCUGGAAGAAGAGAACAUCCUCAUCAAGGCACGCAAUUUCCUCGUCUUUCAGGGCGAUGUCGAGGCCAUUGCCAUACAGAAACCUCAAGAUUUGACGCGCUUGAUAGAACAAGUCUCGGGGAGCAUUGAAUAUAAAGCUGAUUAUGACCAGUUAAAGGCAGAGCUAGAUCAGGCAGCUGAGCAACAGGCGUUCCAGCUUAAUCGACGUCGAGGUAUCAACGCAGAGAUCCGUCAGUACCAGGAGCAAAAGCGAGAAGCGGACAACUUUCAAAAGAAAGCCGCAGAGCGGGAUGAAGCGAUUGUGACUCAUGUCUUGUGGAAACUAUAUCACCUGCAACGCCAAAUCGAGGAGUCCAGCGCCGAGAUCCAGAAGCACCAAGAGGAACUGAAAGAAUACCGUCGCGGCGUGGAGAAACACGAAAAGAGCCUUGACCUGGCAAAGAGGGAACACGCUCAAGCUUCACGAGGCGUCGGUAAGAUGGAAAAGUUGAUCAAGAGUAAAGAAAAGGAGAUCGAAGACAAAACUUCGUCCAUUGUGCCGAUUGAUGAGCAGAUCUCUGUCUCCACCCACCAGCUCACCAAAUACGCGAAUAGAGCGAACACGAUCAUCAAAGAGCGGAAUACGCAGGCAGCGGCUGUGGCGCAACUUGAAAAAGACCUGAAGACCGUCGACAAAGCGCAGACUCAAUGGCAGAAAGAAUGGGAGCAGAAUACCUCUCGGUUAGGUGGUCAGUUGACCGAUGCUGAUCUUCAUGAGUACACCCGACUUCGCGAAGAACUCAAUAAGCGUGCCUCCGCCGACCUGAAUCGCAUCGAGAGGCUCAAGAGCGAGAAAGCUCCAAUUGAGGCCACUUGCAGCAAUCUGAGAAACAGUGUCCAAAGUACCGAGUUCAAGUUGAGCUCCCUCGAGAAUGAAUGUGGUGCGCUCAACCAACGGCGAGACGCAGUCAAGGAAGCAGUGAAACAAGCACAGGUGGAGAUCGACGCGAAGAAGAGAGAGCUCCACGCUGCCUCUUCUAAUCGACUACAGGCAGCACGGACUCGAACUGAGCUUGAUGAGAAACUCGCCGAAGUGGCUAGAAAACUUCUGGAAGCUGACGAUGGUCGUCGGACGAGUGAAAAGGAGGGGAGAAUGCGGGAGACCAUCACUAUGCUCAAACGCACUUACCCCGGUGUCAAGGGCCGCGUUCAUGAACUGUGCAGGCCCAAGCAGAAGAAGUUUGCGGAAGCUGUUAGUACAGUGCUAGGUCGCAACUUCGACGCUGUGGUUGUGGACACCGAGGCAACGGCCAAGCAAUGCAUCGAGUAUCUGCGAGACCAUCGCUCAGGUCAAGCAACUUUCAUUCCCCUUGACACAAUCCAGGUCAAAGCACUGAACUCCAAUCUGAAGGGCAUGCAUAAAGGCAUGCGUCCAGCUAUCGAGACGGUGGAUUACGACCAGUCUGUUGCGCGCGCAAUUUCAUAUGCUUGUGGUAACUCAAUUGUGUGCGAUGAUCUCAACAUAGCGAAAGACCUGUGUUACAACCGCCAUGUCGAUGCAAAGGCUGUCACGUUAGAUGGCAGUGUUAUCCACAAAGGCGGGCUAAUGACUGGUGGUCGUGGCAAAGACCAACCCUCUCGACGUUGGGACGAAGCCGAAGUUGAUAGGCUCAACAAGCUCAAAGACAAGUUAACGGAGGAAUUCGCUGCUCUGCCACAGGAAAGCUCUCGCCGAGCAGAGGAACAGACGCUCCAAAAUGAGCUGAGCGGUCUUGAAAGCAGACUGCGGUAUGUUAAAGAAGAACUCGAAGCCCUUGACAAGAAUCUUCAGAGUAAGAAGCGCGAGGUCGAUCACUUCAAGCAGCAACUGGCAGAGGAACGGCCGAAGCUGCGACAGGAACAGAACAAGCUGCAAAAGAUUGACGAAGACAUCUUGGAAUACCAAGAAUCCGUGAGCAAUGUGGAAAACGAAAUCUUCGGGGAUUUCUGCCAAAAGCACGGCUUCGAAGACAUUCGAGACUAUGAAGCUCGACAAGGAUCACUCCAGCAAGAAGCUGCUCAGAAGAAGCUCGAGUUCGUCACACAGAAGUCCAGAAUCGAAGGUCAACUCAACUUUGAAAGGACCCGGCUUCAGCAGACAGAUGACCGUCUCCUGGCUCUACGAGACAAGGAACAACGUGAUAAAGAGACGAUUGACGACCUGAAUGAACAGAGACAAGGCAUCCAAGACGACAUCGACACACUGAAGAACGAACUUGAUGAGCUACAUGCUCAACUGGAUGAACAGAGGGAACUCCUGAAUGCGGCAGGCGAAAAGCUGGCUAAGCAGAAGGCAGAGUUUCAGAUGCGCGCCAAAGAGAUGGAGAGCACAUUCCGAGCAAUCAAUGCUCUUGAAGGAGAAAUGCAACGCCAUUCUGCAGCGAGAUACAGCCUUCUUCGCCGCUGCAAGAUUGAAAAUAUCGCUAUUCCACUCACUGAGCAAUCCGCAACCCUUGACAGCGUGCCCAUCAACGACAUGCCUCUUGAGGAUGCCGAAGCGAUGGGGGCGGAUGAGGAGGAGCCAACCUCUUCCGCUCUCAAGACAUUUACCAUCAACGACUACGGUGUCGAACCUGAUUUUGAUGCGCUAGAUGACGAACUCAAAGAGGAAAACAGCGAAGCAAUGGAGUCCAAAUUACAAGAAGACAUUGCCAAACUAAAUGCCACUCUGGAUAAGAUGCAGCCCAAUGCGCACGCCGCACAACGUCUUGCCGCUGUCGAAGCUCGUGCCCGGGACACAGAGCAGGAAUACGAAGACUCACGCACGAGAUACCGUGACCUCAAAGCGAAAUUCGAGGAUACGAUGGAAAAGCGCAAUGAACUUUUCAACAAGGCAUUCAGCCACAUCUCGCAACAAAUCGAACCCAUUUACUCCAACCUGACCAAAUCGGACGAAUUCCCGGCUGGAGGACGUGCGUACCUUACAGCCGAUGAGGAAGAGCCGUACCUAACCGGUGUGAAUUACCACACUAUGCCACCCACGAAGCGCUUUCGGGAUAUGGAGCAUUUGUCAGGAGGGGAAAAGACAAUGGCAGCACUGGCACUGCUCUUUGCGAUUCAUAGUUUUCAACCGAGUCCAUUUUUUGUCCUGGAUGAGGUGGAUGCGGCUUUGGACAAUGCUAAUGUGGGCAAGUUGGUGAAUUACGUGAAGAAUCAUGCGGCCCCGGGAAUGCAGUUCAUCGUGAUCAGUCUAAAGACUGGCUUCUUUCAGGGCAGCGAGGCUCUGGUGGGGGUAUAUAGGGAUCAAGGGGCGAACAGUUCCAAAGUUCUGACGCUGGAUCUGAGGAAAUACGCCUGAUCAUUUCGAGGCAUUGGAACGCCUCCUUUGUGCGAAUCUCUCGGGCGAGGUUGGAAAACCGGACUUCUCGCGCUGUAUUACGACUUAUUGUGCUACAAUCUCGCGAGGAAAGGCUACGGCACAACAUGAAAAGGGGUGGGACAAGGACAGUUCUUAUACUCGGGAAGACAGACCCGUUCUCAACACGGCCAGUUUCACGACGAAUACCCACGAGAAUUCAACGUAUUAUGCUGCAAAAGGUUCCUGGACCCCAAUGUCGAUAUGGUCAGGCCGGGUCACGCAACCUGGUACGCCAUUUCUGUGCCCAUCUACUGACCUGACGACGUGGCGAUGUGUAAUGGAUUGAUGGGGGAUCGGUUGAUUACAUAUGUGUCCUGCUGCCACUGCAAGAAGAGCGAUGCGUCAGAUAUGUGCUGUGAAUGAGGCGAACGGAUGAGUUGUGCCUGGUUGGCCACUGUUACUUGUCGUCUCUUUUGGGAAUCCCUGACACCUGAAAGGCGCUGAUAGUGCAUUGUUGAUCUGUACAAUACACAACGUCGGUUGAGCCUGCUGGCGCUCGUGCUCGUCCUUUUCCUACUUUGUCCCGCAAUAAUCACAAGUGGACAAAAUAUCAGAAAAUCGAAGAUGUGGAUUGGAAUGUUGUCAACUCUAUGGAAUUCGUUCAAAAGCCUUUCUUCUGUCACUCCGUCCGGUUGGGGGGCCACAUGAAUUCAGUCUCAUCAUGCUCCCCUGCGCCCUCAUUUUCCCUGUGUCAGUGCCGUACCGGUGAGCACGUUCAAACUGCUGAG